AUGGCUCUGCUUUGGCCCGAGGCGUCGGCAGCGCCGCUCGGCACCGACAAAAGAACCUUGCAGACACCAUCAACUGAGAGCUCUGAGCAAUCCCGACCUAUCAAUAUGGCGACGUCACGCUUGGACAUGGUCGUCGGCAAGUCCCGCGCAGCAAUGCAGACCGCCACGCUGUCUCCAGAGGGGCCGCUCCUACGUCGUUCUCUGCCUGCAGCAUCUGCAUGUGUACCCUGCCAACGCACUCGCAUCUUGCCGUUGUGCAGCACGUCGGCCGAGCCGGCGCAGUCGGACCGGUCGGCACGGCACAGGCGAUGGAUUGCCGCCUCGGCGACGGAGCGCAGCGCGGCCCGCUUGGUUGCCGUGUUGGCCUCGAGCGGUGCCAUCCACACGCCGCACUUGAUGUUGCCCUGGAUUCUGGAAUGGGCCGAGACAGUGGGUAGGAUGAGGACGAGGAGGAGGACGAGUGAGGUCAUUAGGGCUUUGGCGUGCUUGAGCAACAUCUUGAGAAGGUAG